UCAGCCUCUAUAUAAUGCCCCGCUCACUUGUUCUUCAUCACUUCAUCUCUCAAAGCUUAUUCGAUUGCUCCUUCUGUCGAUAGUUUCUUCGUGCUAAAAAAUCGAAGCUGGUGUGAUAACAUCAUGGCCGCGAAUGGGCAUCCGGACCUGGAGAAGCAGAGGCUGCUCCUGCACGAUCACGAGGAGAAGCACUUCACGUCGAGCGAGGUCGUCCGCGACAUCAUCAUCGGUGUCUCUGAUGGCCUCACCGUCCCUUUCGCCCUCGCUGCCGGCCUCUCUGGGGCCGACGUCACCUCCUCCAUCAUUCUGAUUGCCGGCGUCGCUGAGGUCGCGGCCGGCGCGAUUUCCAUGGGACUUGGAGGGUAUCUGGCAGCGAAAAGUGAGGCUGAUCACUACUAUAGAGAACUAAAGAGAGAACAAGAAGAGAUCAUCAGUGUGCCGGAUAUAGAGGCCGCCGAGAUCGCGGAAAUAUUGGCGCAAUACGGGGUCGAGCCCCACGAGUACGAGCCAGUUGUGAAUGCCCUGAGGAGGAACCCCGAAGCAUGGCUCGAUUUCAUGAUGAAGUUUGAACUAGGACUCGAGAAGCCAAACCCCAUGAGAGCCCUGCAGAGUGCAGCAACCAUCGCCUUGUCGUAUGUAAUCGGCGGGAUGGUGCCGCUAAUGCCGUACAUGGUGAUUCCAAUCGCUGACAAGGCCGUGCUCGCCUCUGUCGGGAUCACACUUGUUGCGCUGCUCAUCUUCGGCUUCGUCAAGGGUCACUUCACAGGUGACCGGCCUUUCCGGAGCGCCCUCCAGACUGCCCUCAUCGGCGCAGUCGCGUCCGCAGCCGCUUAUUCCAUCGCCAAGCUCUUCAGAUCUUGAUCUCAUGUUCAAAACCGCCGGCCCUUUUCUUUUUUCUGUUUCUUUGCUUUUGUGAAAUGGGUGAGCUCUUGUGUUGUCGCCGUAUGACUUGGUUACUCUUCACUCGUUGUUUCAACUUUGUUUUCGAUGAGUUAAUGACAUCUGAGUAUGUUAUGGCUCAAUCGAGGAGCUUAAUAGCAAUGUCAAAAUGGCCCAUGGCUUCUGUUUA